CGGCGCUGGAGCCAGAGCCAUCUCACCUUCAGCAUCCAAAACUACACGGAGAAGCUGGGUCGGUACCACUCGUACGAGGCUGUCCGCCGAGCUUUCCGGGUAUGGGAGCAAGCCACGCCGCUGGUUUUCCGGGAGGUGCCCUACGAGGACAUCCGGCAGAAGCGGAAGAAGGAGGCCGACAUCAUGGUGCUCUUCGCCUCCGGCUUCCACGGAGACAGCUCCCCCUUCGACGGCGUCGGGGGGUUUUUGGCUCACGCCUAUUUUCCUGGUCCUGGCAUGGGGGGGGACACGCAUUUCGACUCGGAUGAGCCCUGGACGCUGGAGAACGCAGAUGUGUCUGGGAACAACCUUUUCUUGGUGGCCGUGCAUGAGCUGGGGCACUCGCUGGGCUUGGAGCACUCCAGCAACCCCAGCGCUAUCAUGGCCCCCUUCUACCAGUGGAUGGACACGGAGAACUUCCAGCUGCCCGAGGAUGACCUCAAGGGCAUCCAGCAGCUGUACGGUACCGUGGAUGGGCACCCUCAGCCCACCAAGACUUUGCCCACCGUGACACCCCGGAGACCUGGCAGGCCAGACCAGAGACCCCCUAAACCACACCCCCCAGGAAAACCGGAGCGACCCCCCAAACCUGGCAGCCCAGAUCGACCUGACCAGUACGGCCCCGACAUCUGCGACGGGAACUUUGACCCUGUUUCCCACCAGGGCCGGUGGUUCUGGAGGGUCCGGCACAACCGGGUGCUGGACAACUACCCCAUGCCCAUCGGGCACUUCUGGCGGGGCCUCCCUGGGGACAUCGAUGCUGCCUACGAGAGGCAUGAUGGAAGAUUCGUCUUCUUUAAAGGUGAGCAGGGAAACUGGGUGGGAGGGCCAAG